AUGUUCCAAAAGAGAUUGCUUCAUUCAUCGAGAUCUGUAUUCAACAGAGCAUUGACGCCUUUGACGCACGUAAAGCAUCCAGAAUUCCAGCGAAAUCCAGCAUUUUCCAAGAUCACAAACAAAGAUGUAGAGUUCUUCAAGACUGUGCUAGCGCCUACUAAUAUUGUGCAUGAAACUGACCCUGAGAGCACCAACAUGAUUCAGUACAAUACAGAUUGGUUUAACCUUUACAGAGGCUCGUCUUUGCUUUGUCUUUUCCCAACGACUACAGAGCAGGUAUCUCAAAUUCUCAAGUACUGUAAUAAGCAGAAAUUAGCUGUUGUUCCUCAGGGCGGUAAUACAGGUGUCAGCGGUGGCGCUAUUCCCGUUUUCGACGAGAUUAUUGUCAAUACUUCCAAAAUGAACAAAAUCAGACACUUUGAUGCUGUAUCUGGCGCUGCAAUUGUGGAUUGCGGUGUUGUGUUGGAAGCUUUGGACCAGUAUUUGGAGCCUCGAGGAUACACUGUUCCGUUGGAUUUGGGAGCUAAAGGAUCUUGCCAAUUGGGUGGCAACGUCAGUACAAAUGCAGGUGGUUUGCGCUUAAUGCGCUUUGGUAAUUUGCAUGGCAAUGUACUAGGCCUUGAAGUGGUUCUGCCCGAUGGUACCAUACUUGAUAACUUGUCUACUUUACGCAAGGACAAUACAGGUUAUGAUUUGAAGCAGUUGUUCAUAGGAGCAGAGGGAACAUUGGGUUUAAUCACUGGUGUUUCGCUCUUGACACCCAGACGUCCCAAGUCCGUGAAUGUUGCUAUGGUGGGGCUUGGAUCCUUUGAAGAUGUUCAAAAAGCAUUCGUGAUGGCCAAGGAGGAUCUGUCCGAAAUUUUAUCAGCAUUUGAAUUUUGGGAUUCUGAUUCAGUGGGUGUUGUUAAAUCUCAAAUGAUGCAAGAUGUCAAUUAUCCCAUUGAGGGAGAGCAUGCAUUUUAUGCCUUGUUAGAGACUCAAGGUAGCAAACAAGAGCAUGAUCAAGAGAAACUAGACGAGUACUUGGGACGCUUAUUGGAAACUGGCGUCGCUAAAGAUGGUGUUAUGGCACAAGAUGCCAAGCAAGUGAAUUCACUUUGGGGCUGGAGGGAGAAGAUCCCAGAGUCCAUCUCCAAGAGUGGUACAGCCAUGACAUAUGAUGUAGCUAUGGAAGUACCUCUCCUUUACAAGAUGGUGGAGGACGCCAAGAAGCAUUUUGGAGAUAAAAAUCAAUUGGGCCCUGGCAAGCUUUACUCAAACUUACUGGGCUUUGGCCAUGUUGGUGAUGGUAACUUGCAUAUUAUGGCUAAUUUGGAGGGAUUUGAUGAUCAUGGCCAAGAAGCAAUGGAUGAAUUUGUCUUUUCAUGGGCCAUGAAAAAUAAUGGGUCCAUUACAGCAGAGCAUGGUGUAGGCGUAUCCAAGGUUAACUACAUGAACCGUGCCAAAUCCUCAGUGCAAUUGGCGUUAAUGAGAACAAUCAAGGGUGCUAUUGAUCCCAAUGGCAUUAUGAAUCCAUACAAGGUUAUACCGGAACAAUGA